AUGGUCACGUACCCACGCAAGAUCUGGGUAGUCAGACACGCUGAAAGGUAUCCAAAACUGAAAUAUAAUUUUUUCCGACUUGAAAGGCGAGGGAGACGCGUAGCGUAUGCGUACGCGGUUCUUGGCACGAGUUCAAUUCAACCGCCAGCGAGCAUUCAGAGAGCUUAUUUAUCGUUUUUUUUUUCACUCCUUUUUUAAUUAUUUAUUGAUUAUGUUCAUGUGUGCAUCAAAAGUAGUAGAAAAUACAGAAAAAAGAGCGGUUGCCGAGCUUUUUAAAUAGUCUGAGGCAAUUGAAUUGAACUGGCGAAAUUCAAAAUAGCUACCACAGAGUGAAAAAUAUUACUGAAUUUCAGAAAUUGAGAUAAAUUGUAUAAUUCCGCGAAAAAUAUUAUGAACGUGGCAUGUGUGAGAGCGCCGAGGUGCAUGCACACGACACUACACUUUACGGAAAAAAUAUGGGCGGGGCGUCCCAAAAAAAACGCCAUGUGGCGCCAAGAAUCGCGUACGCACACGCUACGCGUCCCGCCCCGUCUUUCAAGUCGGGAAAGAUACUAUAAAUUUUUUUGAAAACUUAAAUUUCCAACAGGGAGGACAACAUCAACAGAGGAUGGAGGAAGCUGGAGGGAUCUGAAGGGCUGGCCAGCGACAACUCGAUGCUGAGUGCCCGGGGGAAGCAACAGGCUCGUGAAUGUGCUCAGAGGUCAGAUUCCUAGGUUUUCUUUAAUUUGUUGUUUUCAGAUUCAAAAAUCACGACAUCGCGCACGUUUUCGCUUCGCCCUACGAUAGAACUGUUGAGACGGCCUCGACUAUUGUGGCAGGCAAGAACUUGAAAGUCAAGGUACAAAAUGGACAGGUCGAAGAAAUAUUCUGGAAAAUAUCAGGCCGAGCCUGGACUGUGCGAGGCUCUGUAUUUAUGUGAGAAGCCUCCGGGUUUUUGGUCCAACGAACAAUUGGCGGAAAAAUUCCCUCUCGUCGAUCUCGACUACGUACCUGUUUAUUCCAAGGUUUCUGGAUUUUUGGGCCUUUUUAAAUCAAUAUUUCAUAGUAUACGUUACCUAAAGAGGGCUACGGGGACGACGCCUGUGUUCCAAGAGUGAAGUCGACCUUGAGUCAAAUAUUUUCGCGAUUUGAAGGUAAAAAUUAACUUUUUAGAAAGUAGUUUCCCUCGUCAGAUAGUUUAUCCGAAGAAAUACAGCUUUUCUUGAAGGUAACCUCCUGCUCGUGGGCCAUGGCGCAUCGAUCGGAGCUGUCCAUGAGGUCCUGAUGGAAGACUUCAAGUAUGUCGGCCAGGCGACUGUUUCCGAAUUCGAAGAAACUGCGCCCGACUGCUUCCGCCAUAAGUACAGUUCUGAUGCUAGUCAUCUGUCCGAUCGGCGGAACUUGAGGCCCUGGUAG